UAACGAGUGCGUUCUAUGAAUACUAAAAGAGAGGCACGGGAAAACAAACCCUAAGCAAACGAAGACAAAACUCCUCCAAAACCACCAAAUGCAAAUGUAGCACCCGCCUUUACCACCCCCUCUUCCUCUGUACAUAUCCACAAGCCACACUCCCUCCCUGCCCCCAUGGUACCACCCAUUAUGCGGAUCCCUUGACGAAAGUCGGAUCACAUACAAUAUCACUGACCUCCGAACGAUUCUCAAAAGUCCAAGCCCCCUUACCGGCAUCCGAAAAGGUAAUAUCGCGAUUCUCACCCCGGAGAACCACAAUAGGCUGACCAUGGCCAUCGAGGACUUGACACCUGUAAUCCUGGUCUUCAACAAGUUCACCCACUUUCAACUCGACCGUCUCAUAAGGACCCAUGGAUCCCACGGGCUUCGAUUCCUCACGCUGACCAGCGGGCAAGAGAGUCUGCGACCCAGUCUCGGUAGCUUGAUCUUCCAAGAUGACGCGCAGCUGGGAUGCCGAGGCGUCGAUCUGCGUGAAUGUCGGGUCGCAUACGACUUGGCUGACGAGACUGCUGGAGUUGCGGAACGUCCAGGGACCCUUGUCGGCGUCGCUGAAGGUGAUGUCCGUGUUGGCACCGCGCUGGAUCACGAUCGGGUGGCCCAUGUCGUCGAGGAUUUGACAGCGUAGGUCUUUGUUGGGAACGUCCGCGCCGAGUUUUAAUUCUACGGUCGCGAACGGUCCGUCGAGGGCGGGGACUCCCGUGUUGUGAACGGUGCUGUCGUCAAAGCUGACUUGUGCGCCGGUCUCGCCUCCGUCGCUGAGGACCACGCGCACAGAGGUGUCGUUGGUGCUGCGUUGGCUGUGAGGGGCGGCUAGAGCGCCGGUUGCUGCCAGAAGACAGAGGAUGCUGGUGCUGUAUUGCAUUUUGUUUUUGUAUGUAUAUGUAUUGCUGGGGUUUGACUGUGCCGGAUAUGCUUUGGGAUCAGAGUUGAAUGGCAGGGAAUGUCAGGCACCUGAAGUAUUAUGUAGCAAUUCGAUGAUCUCGCAACGAAAGAAAAAGAGAAGAUAUGGUAGGAAACUCGUUAUGGACUUGUCGUUGUAUGAAUGAGUGUUGCUGGAUACAGACAUCCUGAGGCGGCCCUGGCAGUCUUCUUAUACUUGUUCGUCCAUGCCCUGUUGUCACCAGAAAGGUAAUCCUGUUGUAGUCAACCAUAUUAUCAUCUCC